CAUAUUCUUGGUCAAGUUGGUUCCAGUUCUCUACAGACACCUCCUCUACACACAAUCACAAACCACGUAUUAAAAAUGAUCAGUAAAUGCUAAUUAUAAGCUUCAGGCUGCAUAUAUCAAUUCGCUACAUCUUCUCUUGAUACCACAAGGUAUCUUCUAACUUCAGCUUAAUUGAAUUAAUCCUCAUAUUAGAUUUCAUAGCCUAAUCCUUCGUCUAGUAUAGAAACCCAAGGAUAGUGUAAUUUUCCGGCAUGAAUUGCCAUUAUUUGUGGUUAUCAUGGUUCAUUAACAGCUACCACCUUAGAAAGCUCAAAUUUACUUUAUAAUCUAAAUAAUGAACCUCUGUAAUUCACUCAAUCAAUCACAUAUCAGUAUUUGAUGGUUUUCAAUAAAUCAUCAACUCAAGAACAAAUAAUCCUAUAAAAAAUCAUCCCUUCACAACUAAUUGUUCACUUGUUUUUGUCUUAACUCAUUGACCGAAACAAGUUACUGAAAAUUCUAGAUGCUUGAAAAUAUCUCUAGCUAUACGCAGAAUUUCUUAUUAUAUGGCUGGUGAUCCAGAUCACAUGAUGGCAAUGAAAAUGAUCAAUGAAGCACAUAUGCGGAAGGGGAAAAUUAAGUCUUUCAUUUCUCACUGUGGUGGACUUCCAUCUCCUGAUGCUGUUAACAAUCCAUUAGCAUAUAAAUUUAGUUGGAGUCCUGUAGGGGCUAUCCGAGCUGGGAGAAAUCCUGCAACCUACAAAUACUGUGGUGAAACUAUACACAUUGAUGGGGACAGUAUUUAUGAUUCAGCUACAAGAAUAAGGAUAGCUGACUUUCCUGCUUCAGCUACAAGAAUAAGGAUAGCUACAAGAUUGCAUAACCUAAUCCUUCGUCUAGUAUAG